AUGGGGAAUACGGAGAGCAACGUUACCAGCGGGGUGAAGAAGCAAGCCGGAGUCUCCACCCAGGCUCUAUACAAGUUCGUGAAUCUCAAGGGCGGUGGACUCCUGGUGGACAUGAUGAAAAGAGCCUGUCAAACCAAACAGUUUGCUGAGAUCGAUCACGCCAUCAAGACCAAGGUGGAGCCCUUUCUGUACAACAAGGGCGCUGGACGGUACUUCCCUAUCUCGAAGCUCGUACUGCUGCGCAAUCGGGAUCGCCCCCGCACUCGCCAAUUGCCCGAGAUCCGAGCCCUCGAGAAUCCAGACGACGACUUCAACAUCCAUGACUACUGCCCCGAGGUUUCGGAGGCCGAGUAUAUCUCCAAUCCUACGGCCUAUCGAUUCGUCUGCUGGGAUCUUAAUAUGCGUGGCGCUGUGGGCGAAACCAUUCUCCAUUUGUGCCUGCUUAAUGCAUCUUCCUUGCACGCUGAUCUCGCCAAAAGAUUGCUAAAAUUCUACCCGAAACUCAUCCUGGACAUAUACAUGAGCGACGAGUACUAUGGAGAGAGUGUCCUGCACAUAGCCAUCGUCAACGAAGAUCCGGCAAUGGUGAAGUAUCUGCUGGAUGCCAACGCAGAUGUUCAAGAGCGCUGCUGUGGAGCCUUUAUGUCAGCGGAGGAUACUAAGUUUUCUCGCACGGAUUCGCCGGAUCACGAGUAUGUGGCACUUUGCCCCAUGACCAACUACGAUGGCUAUGUUUACUGGGGAGAAUACCCAUUGAGUUUUGCCGCUUGCCUGUCGCAGGAGGAGUGCUUCCGCUUAGUUUUGGCCAGAGGUGCCGAUCCCGACUUCCAGGAUACCAACGGAAACACCGUUCUCCACAUGCUGGUCAUUUACGAAAAGAUCGAAAUGUUUGAUGUUGGCUACGAGGUUGGAACAAACAUUCACAUAAAAAACAUUCAAAAUCUCACGCCCCUUACUUUGGCCGCCAAGUUGGGCAGAGUUGAGAUGUUCUUCCACGUGAUGAGCAUCGAACGGGAGAUCUAUUGGCAAUUGGGUAGCAUCACAUGUGCCGCAUAUCCGCUUUUGAUGAUAGACACUAUAAAUGAGGAAACCGGCAAUAUCAACAAGGACUCCGUGCUGAACUUUGUGGUGUUUGGCGAUAAGCUGGAGCACUUGGAGCUGCUAGAUGGAGUGGUCAUAGAUCUGCUGAAGACCAAAUGGGACACGUUCUGCAAAUCGCGUUUCUACAAGCAGUUUUACAUGUUCGCCCUCUACUUUCUCAUCUCGCUGUUCAGUUUCAUCCUGCGUCCAGGUCCGGAUGCCAAGGACGAAGACGAGGAUGGCGCCAAUAGCACUACGGCUAAAAAUGAUCUGUACAGGCGAAAUGAUUCCGAUUCGUACCAUCCGCACAGCAAGCGGGCUACAAUGACUACCGAAUACAAAACAUUUUGGCUUAAUUUUACUGAGUACUACGAUCCAUCGGAGGUUGAGGUUUUGCCCGCCUGGUGGGAAAGUUACGCUCAGUGUCCUUUGAUGAAUCUCGAAUCCGACUUGGCCAAACUUCGUAUCAUGGCAGAACUGUUGAAUUUUGUAGGAGCUAUACUGUAUCUGCUGGUCGCCUUGCGAGAGGCUCGAUUCCUGGGCCUUAAAAUGUUUAUUGAAAACUUGAUGACGGCACCUUCGCGAGUUAUGUUUCUGUUUUCGUGUGCUUUGAUGAUGACCAUACCCUGGUUGAGGGUUUCCUGUCUCACCGAAAUAGAUGAUCACGUCACCGUUGUGAUAAUGCUAACCACUGCUCCCUAUUUUCUAUUCUUUUGUCGCGGCUUCAAAACAGUCGGUCCCUUCGUAGUGAUGAUAUACCGCAUGGUCAUGGGAGAUCUACUCCGAUUCGUCUCCAUCUACUUGGUGUUCGUGAUGGGUUUCUCUCAGGCAUUUUACAUAAUUUUUCUGACCUUCGACAACCCAUCUUCGCCAGAGGAUCAGGACGCGGAAUCCAACCCAAUGCCCUCACCCAUGGAAUCUAUAGUGGCCAUGUUCCUGAUGUCGCUAACGAAUUUUGGUGACUACUAUGGAGCGAUGGUGUCCACGCAGCACGAAUACGAGGCGAAGAUCCUCUUCUUUCUGUUCAUGGUGAUCGUGAGUGUUCUGCUGGUGAACAUGUUGAUCGCCAUGAUGGGUAAUACGUAUCAGAAGAUCGCCGAGAUCCGAAACGAGUGGCAGCGCCAAUGGGCCAGGAUCGUCCUCGUCGUGGAGCGGAGUGUUCCUCCCGCCGAGCGGUUGAAGAACUUUAUGCAGUACAGUCAGUCGAUGUCGGAUGGCAGAAGGGCACUGGUCCUCCGGUUGAAUAUGACUGAGGAGGAAAAGGAGGAGAUGAAGGAGGUGCAGGAGAUGAAGCGCAUCCAUCAGCGGUUCGCCAAGAAGCGGCAAAUGGAGCGCGAGGCUCGCGCCCUUCGACGUCAACAGGAGUACGAGAAGUUCUUCGGCACCGCCCCCAAAUCGGAAAGUUCCGAUAACAACAACUUUUGA